CUCAUUCAGACUUCAUGUUUACAAUGUGACCAAAUCUGUUUAAGCGUUGUGUAAUGCUUGAAAUAUCAAUUGAAGUCAUAACUGCUGGGGCCUCUGGCUGAACCAAUAAGUUUAUUCAAGUGCACUGUCGUUUGAUGUUUGAAAUGAUCCUCAUGUGACGGUCAUAAAAGUAACUUGACAAAUAUGGUUAAUAGAAAUCUCCGGUUUAACAUAUUUAUAGAGACAGAUUUUGAUUAUUUAGAUGUUUGUUUUACAUAUUCAGAGAUAGUAGGAGAUUAUAAUUCCGACCUCUAUCUGUAUUCCUACGUCAUCUCAUGGUACUAAAAAUAUUACAAAUAGAAAAAUGAAUCCGUCGUAUCUGCGACCAGUAGCCACCGCGGCGGAGAGGUGCCCGCGGAUCACCGGUGGGAGGGGAGGAGGUAGAUACUACACCCUUUGCAGACUCUGUGAAUUCUCGGUUUAAAUGUAAUAUCCGAAUCCAAAACUUUCGCUAGGCGCGCAACUAAAAUAUUAACAGUGAUACGGUGAAGCCUGAAUUCAAAUUAGCUGGUUAUUGAAAACACAGGAUUCACUCUCAAAAUGUUAUAUUUACUGGGCACUUGUUACCUACUGAUAUUCACAAAUAGACAUGAGGCAUGAAGACCUUGAUAAAAUACGUUUCAAAAAAUUUCAAUAUGCUGUUAUUUUAGGCCUUUUUAUUUAGGGGAAACAACAACACAUUAUUUAGUCAAAUGUAUGUGAAGAUCGGUCUCGUAAAUAUAAUUUAACAUGUUUAUCAUAGACAUACGAGGGUGAAUACCUACGUGUCAUACAAGAUAUUUAAAAAUGUUAUAGUUCUCGAACAGAAGUCUUCGUGGUAGUCAUUCGAGUAAUCAUAAAGGAAUCGAUUAGAAUCAGUCGCGGCAAAAUCUGUUAUCACGAAGCAGAGCCACUUACACCGAGCGCCGGACGGUGACUCGUCCGAACUCGAAAGGCAGAAGCACAGACGGUUGAUUUUAGCUUCGGUGCAUCUCCAGCCGAGGGCCUGCCUCGCCCUUAUUUGUUUACAUGAAAAUAUCGCGACUUUACAAGAGACUAAGAUGCGCUCAGCAUUGCAUGUCAUCACGCGAUCUCAGUAACUCCUGUGCACCUAAAUACACGUACACGAACACAGUACGUUCUGUUCAGUUGCAUAAUAUUACGUUAUGUUUACUAGUUGCAGCGGCGGCACGUGUAAGCCAGCUAUUGACGUAUUUAGAAUGCGACGUCUCCGUGCAAUCUAUCCAUUACUUGUUAGAUUUUAAACUCGUCGGAACACUUGUAUCGUUGGCAAGCGCUGGAUAAGCCGCAAUUACAAACUAUUGAGUUGAUCGAGGAGGGCGAUGCUCGGUGGUGAAGGGCAGGUUCAGGGGCACGCUGCGUCACUGCGAUGCACUUUUAGCCGUUCGAGAUUGCGCGAGAGUGCAACAUAUUACCUGCUAGCUUGUGUGAAAUAAAUUCGUGCGUGUUUCUUUUUAUUAACAACAAAUCUGUUUAAUGGUUCUAGUUAUGUGUAUUAUAUUUUAUAACUUCAUUCCGCGGUAAAUUUUCCAAGUGCCAAUGCAUAGUGCCCCUUUUUAAUGAUAUCAUCUGUUUCCGAAGUUAUUGGCUGUGAUGACGGUAUGUGCCUCAAGGCGUAAUUCCAAAAUACAACGAAUAUUUCUCAAAACUUUUUUGGACUUGCCGAAGAAAGCAGUGAAAUAGUGUUAUGUUAAGUGAGCGCUACAGUAAUGACCGGACUCGGGUGCUGACGACGAGUACGCUUGUCCGGGACCAAUGGUGGUGGAUUCCCUUAGACCACAUCAAUUUAGUGUUACAACAAGCAUAUUUACUGCAAUUAUAAAAUAGACGAAACCAGUUUUCUCCGAUGCUUGCGGGGGAUAAUAAUAUCAUAAUUACCGGACAUGUCGCAAGCGCUUAAUUGUAGUUUAAUUAUGGAUAAAAAGAUAAUUAGGGAUGUUAUAAUAACAUUAAUUUUUAUUUGUAUGUGGUAAAAUUCGGAGUCAAGUCGAAGGGUGGGGCGGGGCCUAACGCCAUGCAUUAGAGUGGGCGGCGCACAAUAGACUACGUCUCGGACUUAUGUUAUUCCUUUGUAUUGGACACAUUGUAUUGCGUUACUAAUGUCAGUGCAUGUCGAUGAUUUAUUUAUAAAAUUUACUCAGUGUCUUCCAUGAAAUCGAGACCGGAUCAUGAACGUUAAUUAGAGUGUCUGCUGAAGUGUUGUGGCGGCGAUUGUUGUGCUGCGCGGUCGGCGGUGUACAGAAGCGAGAGAGGAGCGUGUAAGGGUUGUCGCGGAUUCGCGAGCAAAGCAGAUUAGUCGUAGAACCUUUGGCGAGGGUGGUCUCUGCACACGCGUUCGGUGCGCGGCUAGUAGGUAGUGUCGGCUCUCGCCACCGGCGGUCGGCAGUCGAGUGGCAUCGCCGCCCGGUGCGGUCGCGUGUGUCGCGCGUGUGUCGCGGGCCGCGGCAUGGCGCGCGAGUACGCCCGAGUGCAUGAGUUCUACCUGCCGCUGCACGAGCUGCAGCCGCCCGCGCAGCACUACCACCAGUAUGAGGUGCACCAGGCGAGCGCGAGCGCGGCGCCGGCGUAUGAGCUGACGGCGGGCGGCGGCGGAGGCGCGUGCGUCGACACGGCCGGCGCGCUCGUCGCCGCGCACGCGCCGCAUCAGCCGCCCAUGCAGCAGGCCGCCCAGCAUCAGCACCACCAUGACCCACGCAAGCGGAAAUCCUCACACUAUGUGUUUGGUUGCAGCAGUUCGGAAGGGUUCGAGAUGGCGGGGUGCGAGGCUCCGCUGUCCACACCACAGACCUCGCUGCAGGUGCCCGCUAGCGCCACGCGGAAACGGAAGGCAUCUUCUUAUGGCACGGGCAGCGCUUAUGAUGACGACGGCGGCGAUGACGCGCGCUCCACACGCACUUUGCCCGAUAAGAAGCAGAACCACAGCGAGAUCGAGAAGCGUCGUCGGGAUAAAAUGAACACGUACAUAUCGGAGCUGAGCGCGAUGGUACCGAUGUGCGGCGCGAUGGCGCGCAAGCUGGACAAGCUGACGGUGUUGCGCAUGGCCGUGCAGCACCUGCGCUCGGUGCGCGGCGCGCUGUCCGCGUGCCCGCUGACCGCGCGCCCGCGCCCCGCCUUCCUCUCCGAGCGCGAGCUCAACGCGCUCAUCCUGCACGCCGCGCACGACUGCUUCCUGCUCGUCGUCGGCUGCGACCGCGGCCGCCUGCUCUACGUCUCCGCCUCCGUCAAGAGGAUGCUGCACUACGAUCAGUCGGAACUAUUAGGUCAGAGCCUCUUCGAUAUAUUGCAUCCGAAGGACGUCGCCAAGGUCAAGGAGCAGCUCUCGUCGUCUGAUCUCAGUCCUCGAGAGAGACUCAUCGAUGCUAAAAUGUGUACAGCUAUGCUGCCAGUGAAGGCGGACGUGGUGGCGGGCGCGUCGCGGCUGUGCCCGGGCGCUCGGCGCUCCUUCUUCUGCCGCAUCAAGUGCAAGCUGCAGCCCGAGACCGCGCCCGCGCCGCUGCCCAUCAAGGAGGAUCCCGAACCUGGCGCUAAACUGCGCAAAAAGCAAAACGAGAAGAAGUACUGCGUUGUGCAAUGUACCGGGUACUUGAAAUCGUGGGCCCCCGCCGAGAUGUCAGACGGCGCCAGUACAGCGGAGGCGGCGGACGAGGGCGAGCAGUGCAACCUGUCCUGCUUGGUGGCGGUGGGGCGCGCUCUGCCGGACCUGGCGCCCGCGCCCUACGCCUGCACCGUGCCGCCGACCAGGCACCUGCAGUACGUGUCGCGGCACGCGCCCGAUGGGAAGUUCCUCUUCGUCGAUCAAAGGGUGACGCUGGCCCUGGGGUUCCUGCCUCAGGAAUUACUUGGCACUAGCCUGUACGAGUAUGUGAGCGGACCCGAGCUGGGUGCUGUGGCCCGCACCCACAAAGCUGCGCUUCUACGCCGCGACCCGCUUGCGACUCCACCCUACUCGUUCCGCAAGAAGGACGGCGCUCUCGUGAGGAUUCAGACCCACUUUAAGCCUUUCAAGAACCCAUGGACUAAGGAUGUGGAGUGUCUGGUGGCCAACAACACACUGGUGACUGAGCCAGCACCGCAGCACGCUGACCCCAACGCCGCUGCCUACGACAACAUGUACAAACAGAGCGGUGUGAUUACAGAAGCCGACGUGGAGAUGCAACGUCUGAUCGAGUCGCAGGUGGAGUCGCACAAGAUCGGCAGCGCCAUCGCCGAGGAGGCCCUGCGCCGCUCCUCCGCCGAGUUCUCGCCGGACCUGCCGGCCGAUCUGCUGCAGGACGCUGUCUUCAAUCAGAAUGCAUCGCUGGUGGACAACAUCUUGGGCGCGGACAUGGCGUCCUACAGCCAGGUGCGCAACAACGUGCCGCUGAGCGCGGCCGCCGAGCAGUCCCCGCCAGGCGCGCUGGCCGCCGGCUCGCCGCCGCUGCCGCCGCUCGCUCUCGACGGCAACGGCGAGGCCGCCAUGGCCGUCAUCAUGAGCCUGCUCGAGGCCGACGCCGGGCUUGGAGGACCCGUCAACUUCUCCGGCCUGCCCUGGCCUCUGCCCUAAGCUGCGUUGGCCCCCCGACGAUAAGGCAAACUGUUCUCACAACCAACUAAGAACAGACCACCGCCCUGAAAUAACGAAAUGUAUUCGCAUUGUCUAGUACUCAUUCUUUUAUUAAAUUAAUUGAAUUAAAAUAUAAAAGGUAUGGUGAAAUAUACGUAAAUGCAAAUAUUCGGUCUGCUUGACUAAAACAACUUUGCCGUAGUCGGGAUAAAAGGCAACGAAACAACAUCAAUAGCUCUAAGUAAAGUAAUCGUCACUGAAAUCUUGUCUCCAUUAGUUACCACUGCUAGAGCUACGUGCUAGCAUAACUACGACAGUCAACACGCCGAGCCAGCGCUGUCGGCGCGUGUUUUUGUGCUCAUUACACCUACCAAAUAUGCGUACCAUUGUUUAUAAGUAUUGUUAAGUUAUAAUAAUCUACUUUUAAAAAUUAUCCAUCGCCGUGUGAACACAUCGCAUCAACAUGUAGCUUUAAUAUUAAAACGUCGACAAUAUUAAAGACAACGUGCCACACAAAGCACUUGACUAUUAUCAAGUAAGCGAUGCCAUUGAGUAUCUAUGUCAAGUGACCUUAUUGUACAAACCAGUAGUCUCGAUAUCAUUGAGAAAAUAAGCGUAACAUUUAACUGAGACGAUUUUUAUUAUUUUAAUGUAUAAAAUCUUUAAGUUUCCAACAAUAAUACAUUUAAUUUAAGAAAAGGAGGUACAGGAGUGCGCCUGGCCGGGAAUAGCCCGCCGUACGAUAUAGUGAAGUAAUUCUUCACCACAAUUAACUUCAAAUACAUUAACUAUAAUCUUCAGUCAUAUAUUAUAUAACUACUCGUUCUGCAUUUUUAGAGACAUUAGUAGUCGUCUACAUAUCACAGCUCCGCUCAAAUAAUGUACCAAUAAACAAAAGCAAAAACUUUUAGGCUUGCCAUCAAAAAUCAUUUUAGGUACGAUCGUAAAAUCAUAAAAUUUUCAGAUAAGUGAGUGAGAUAGAUACAUUGGAAAUGUCUCUUCGGAUCUUUACAUAUUCGAGCGGAGGUGCGACCAUUUUUAUAUUAAUAAUCUUUAAGGGACGACGGUGGGAUCUAUUUAUGUAUCGGUGCAAUCGUGUGUCAUGGUUCGACCACCGUAAGCUAAGCGACAGCACUUGUUAUCGAAGUGCAUCUUUGUAUAUGUGUAGAGGGACACGGGCGAAGCAAUAGGCUCCGCCCGUACUAAUAUAUUCUAUAACUAAACGAUGAAAUUAUUUGGUGUGUGAUUUCUAAGAAUGUACAUAUUAUUUUAUUGUGACACACUGGAAUUACGUUGGUUAUUAAGGUUUAUAAUAUUUUUUAUGUGUAUAUGAUUGAGGUCUUCACUCGUUUUCCAAAAAUUUGAAAUAUUCAUAACUAUAAGUACAAUAUUUUGUUUUGUUUUGGCAAAUGUGUGGGUUGAUGUAAUUCCGGUGCUGUCUGAAGUAGCAAUCAUUAUUGUAGAGCAUCGUUAUCGAUGCGUAGUGUCGGCCUAAGGUCGCACGGACCCCGCACUAUUGUUGUGACGUCAUGAGAAAGUCGAGAAACUAAAACACAUUAUACAUUAUGAAUGUAUCCACGCAAAAAGUAUUCCAGGUUUAAAAAGCGCUCAUUUGUUAUUGUCGAACAGCAUCGCUGAUCGUGAUAGCGCAACAUUGUGUGGCAAGAUAUGAUCUUCGUGCACAUGUGACCCGCAUUUGUAACAAUCAGUUACCAAAAAUACUCCAACAAUAGUGCGACGUUAUUUAGUCAUACACUCAAAGAAUUAUUCGCAUUUAGGUCUUCGCUUUAUGCUAAACAGUGGUUUGGGCAUUGUUGUGCUAAUUUGACAUCCUUAAAUUAUCAGCAAUCGCUUGAAACCUCGAGAGCACGCAACAAUUUACCGUCUUGUAUGAACCACUUAUUUCGUGAUUCGUUUUAAACGAAUUGCUUAUCUUUAACAAUACUUUUUUAGAUGACUUUUUUUUUAAAUCUGUUGAUUUUGUAUAAUUUGCACUCAGCAUACGACCAUUUGCGAAUAAAUUCUGUGAAGUCAUAUUGUUGUUUUAAUUAUGUUUAGUUUAUUAAAAAAUAAAGUGUUUUGGAUAUCGUGUUUCAUUCAUCAUAUUAA